AUGAACGCAAUCAAUGCUAAAUUAGCGGCGGAUUCCCGCCCUUCCGAUGCUAACCUUUCGGCGAGCGUUUACCAGCAAGGAUUUGCGGUGGCAUCCUUACCUGCUGAGUCCCCACCGGCGGCAUCCUUACCUGCUGAGUCCCCACCGGCCGUAUCCUUACCGACGGAAUCCCCACCGGCCGUAUCCUUACCUGCUGAAUCCCCACCCGCUGUAUCCUUACCGGCUAAAUCCCCACCGCCUGUAUUACCGGCUAAAUCCCCACCGCCUGUAUCCUUACCGGCUGAAUCCCCACCGGCUGUAUCCUUACCGGCUCAAUCCCCACCGGCUAAGCCCCCACUUGAUAGGGAUGGUCCUCUCGUGGCUUUCGAUCGCGCUUUCGCCUCUUUGAUCUCGUUUCAGCGAAAAGGUCGCGUUCCGUUCGCCAAUGUCGCAACGUUCAAUUUCGACCCCUCCGUUACAAGCGCCGCCUUCGUCGCCACGCGCUACAAGCUUCUAUCGCUGCCCGUUCCGCGUGUGCCCGAGAAGCUGACGUGGCGCGACGCGUACCCCGUAUGGGUGAACGAAUCGCGGUCAUCCUGCCCAACAAUUUCUGAACCGAGCUAUCCAGAUUGGCUGACCAGCAUCCACGCCAUCGUCGCACAUGUGCCCUGCGACGAGCCUAGCGAAUCCUGGGCGAAGGAUGUUCGCUGGCUACACCACCUUCUCACUAUAACAAGCUUCGUCAUAAGGGCGAAUCGCACGUGGUUACUAGUGGUGUUACUCUCCUCGUGCCGCCCGCCGCCCAACCUCUUCCACUGCUCCCGACUCGUGACGCGGGAGGGUGACACGUGGCUGUACAACAUGACGGCUAAUGACAUGCUGACACGUGUACAGCCCUUGGGGUCAUGCGCCAUGGCUCAGCCUAUCAGCAGCGAGGUCUCAGCCAACCAGCGCGUCGCGUAUGCUACAGUGCUACACUCAUCGGAUCACUACGUGUGCGGCGCGAUAGUACUGGGGCACAGCAUAAGGAGGACGGGGAGCAGUCACGAGAUGGUUGCGCUUGUAUCGAAGGAGAUCAAAGAAGAGAGCAGGCGAGGGCUGAGGGAGGCGGGGUGGACGGUGAAGGAAAUUGAGCGGAUUCGCAACCCAAACGCAGUGAAGGGGACUUAUAACGAGUGGAAUUACAGCAAGUUGCGGCUGUGGCAGCAGACGGAGUACACCAAGCUGCUCUUCAUUGACUCAGACCUGCUCCUCUUGACCAGCGUUGACUUUCUCUUCUCCUACCCCGAGAUCUCCGCCCGCGGAAACGACGGCUCAGAUUUCAACUCGGGCGUGAUGGUCCUGGAGCCGUCGGAUUGCACGUUCGAGCUGCUGAUGGCAAAUCUGGAGCGAGUGCGAUCGGCGAAUGGAGGGGACCAGGGCUUCUUGAACAACACUGAGUGUGUGGGGCCACUGCCCGACAACCCCAUGCGGCCCUGCUGCCCACCCUCCACACAACCCCCCCCUGCUGCUUGUGCUACCAUCUGUCUACCCCCCUUUCCCUCUCCCUCCCACCCAAUCCCCCACCCUCUUCUCCCCUUUCAUCGGGAAUUCACCUCACACCACGCAACACUCCCACUGAACAUCACUGUCGGACUCAACCCAUUACCACCACUCAUGCAGGGUGUCCCGUCCACCCCUCCCAACUGA